AUGUCCGCAACUCUAUGCCAAGAGUGCGACUUUGUUCUCUGUCACAAAUCGCAAGAGAUUGCUGCCAAAAACUACAUCGACACCUGGAAUGGAGAUUUUGGCCUCGAAAAUAUAACGUUUACACCCAAUGUUAAUUUAUACCAAGACCGGUUGCCAGGUUCCAACGGCUCCAUAGAACUACCAAUUGGAACAUCCGGCGAGUUCAUCAAAUUCAUGAAAAUGGCGCACACUGGCUGGAAUCACUACCAAUUUGUUGUUCACAACGUUGCUUUUGACAAGUAUAAUGUUGUUAUUCGAUGGGCGUUGAACGCAACCGUGGGGCCACAUGACAAGAUGAUCAUUCCGAUAUUUGGGCUAAUGAACUUUGAUAUCGUUGAAUCUAGCAACAAACCCGAAGGAAGUCAUAUUACGUACAAUGGUACAGACUGGCUGUAUCUGGAUGACUGCACGGGCAGGAUCAAGCAGGUCGACUCGGCGCAAGACUACAUAACUGCAUUGCACGCACAAGGGCUUACAGAAGUAAAGGUUUAA